AUGGAACAAAGGGCAAGCCAGGAAAAUAUCCAUGAAGAUUUGGAAGAUCAAGAAGGGGAAUAUCCAACAUGGGUAGUCAGCACCCUCACCACAGUCCUGGUUGUCACCAUCAGUGGUGAUAUCGUGGGCAACCUCCUGGUAAUCACUUCCGUCUUCAGGAACAAGAAACUUCGGAAAUCAGGUAACGCUUUCGUAGUUAGCCUGGCUGUAGCCGACUUGUUGGUUGCCUUUUACCCGUACCCACUGGUCCUGCUGGCUAUUUUCAACCAAGGCUGGAAAAUGGGCUACGUACACUGCCAGAUGAGUGGAUUUUUCAUGGGACUCAGUGUAAUAAGCUCUGUCUUUAACAUCACAGGGAUCGCCGUCAACCGAUAUUGCUACAUCUGCCACAGCGUCUGGUAUCCCCGUCUAUUCUCUAACACCAGCACCGUCUGCUACGUGGGCCUGGUCUGGACUUUGUCUUUGGCAGCCAUCUUGCCGAAUCUCUUUCUGGAAUCUUUACGUUAUGACCCCCGGGUGUUUUCCUGUACAUUUGCCCAGUCCGUCAGCUCCUUGUACACCAUCGUCAUUGUGGUCUUCCAUUUCUUUUUACCCAUAGGGGUGGUGAGUUACUGUUAUUUACGCAUUUGGGUACUGGUCCUUAACACCCGCCACAGGGUCAGGCCUGGUAGACAUCUUCAAGCUCAGACAUGGCCUUACAAUCUACAUGGUUUUAUCACAAUGUUUGCUGUCUUUGUGCUUUUCGCAGUAUGUUGGGGACCCCUAAACAUCAUUGGACUCACUGUAGCCAUUUACCCAUCAUUGGGAGGUUCCAUUCCACAUUGGCUCUUCGUAGCCAGCUACUUUAUGGCAUAUUUCAACAGCUGCCUCAAUGCUGUCGUUUAUGGAGCUCUAAAUAAGAAUUUCCGGAGAGAGUACAAAAGGAUUGUGUUAAAAAUAUUCCAGUUGGCUUGAACCAUUCUAAAGAACUUUAGUCUUAUACCUGUCAUUGCACAAUAUGUGCACAAUAUGUAUAAAAUGCAUAUUUA